AUGAGCACUAAAUUAUUUGAACGUUUUUCAAAUGAUUUUGCGCAACUUCUUGAAAGUGAAUAUGAUUACAAUGUUAUCGUUAAAGUUGAGGAACAAAGUUUUAAGUUACAUUCACUAGUUUUAUAUCAACGUUCAUCAUUCUUUC